CUGGAGCGGCCGCGAAACUCGAUGGCUUCUACAGGGAGCCAGGCCUCUGAUACAGACAACAUUUUUGGAUUCCUCAGUGACGGCGCACCCCCCACCAAAAAGCCCAGGAAACUGCUUCCAAGCUUGAAAAGUAAGAAGCCUCGGGAACUUGUGCUGGUGAUUGGAACAGGCAUUAGCGCUGCGGUCGCCCCCCAGGUUCCAGCGCUGAAGUCCUGGAAGGGGCUGAUUCAGGCCCUGCUGGAUGCCGCCAAUGACUUUGAUCUUCUAGAAGAAGAUGAGAGCAAAAAGUUUCAGAAAUGCCUCCGAGAAGACAAGAACCUUGUCCAUGUCGCUCAUGACCUUAUUUUGAAACUCUCCCCUCGGACUAGUAAUGUUCGAUCCACGUUUUUUAAGGACUGUUUAUAUGAAGUAUUCGAUGACUUGGAGUCAAAGAUCGAAGACUCUGGAAAACAGCUGCUUCAGUCAGUUCUCCACCUGAUGGAAAACGGAGCCCUGGUAUUGACUACAAAUUUUGACAAUCUCCUGGAACUGUACGCAGCAGACCAGGGAAAACAACUCGAAUCCCUUGACCUUACUGAUGAAAAAAAGGUCCUUGAGUGGGCUCAGGAGAAGCGGAAGCUGAGUGUGCUACACAUCCACGGGGUCUACACCAACCCCAGUGGCAUUGUCCUUCACCCAGCUGGCUAUCAGAACGUGCUCAGGAACACUGAAGUCAUGAGAGAGAUUCAGAAACUCUAUGAAAACAAGUCAUUUCUUUUCCUGGGUUGUGGCCAGACAGUAGAUGACACCACUUUCCAAGCCCUUUUUCUGGAGGCCGUCAAGCAUAAAUCUGACUUAGAACAUUUCAUGCUGGUUCGGAAAGGAGAUGUAGAUGAGUUCAUGAAGCUUCGAGAAAACAUGCUGGACAAAGGGAUCAAGGUCAUCUCCUAUGGAAAUGAAUAUUCUGAUCUUCCAGAGUACUUCAAGCGACUGACCUGUGAGAUCUCCACAAAGGGCAGGGCAGGGAUGGUGAGAGAAGGUCAGCUAAACGGCUCAUCUGCAGCACACAGUGAAAUAAGAGGUAUACUAUUUCCUGUUCUACUGUUUUCCACUUUGUCAACAGAAAAUGUGUCCCUAGGACCUAGUUGAGACCUGGGAGAGUAAUGACUUAACUGCUACCUGGGAAGGGUUCUGUACUUUUCUAUCAAGUCCGUUACAAGAUUCCUGGUAUUUAUGUCUUGUUUUCUAAAGUUGGUUAAGGUUGACUUGAGUAUCUGCAGCUUUCGAUGUGUAAAAUUUUUUUGUGAAACUUUUAUUUUCUGCCUUUUCUCUCCACAGACCUUAGUACAUGAGGGCUACAGAAGGCACCAUUAGACCAAGCGGUAAGGCCCUACCGUGGACAGUGUUUAACAGUAAACUUAUGAGAAACAAACACAGCUCUGAGGAAGAACCAAAACCCAGAAGUUGAAGGCUGGGGCUACGUGGAGUAGGGAGAACGUCCCAACUUAAUCCUUUGUGGCGGCCAGUUCUUGAUCUUUUUUGGUUUUAUUUUUUUCCCGGUUCUUGGUCUUAUGUGGCCUAUUCCAGUUGAGAAUACCCAGGUGACAAUGGGACCCAGAUGCAGCUCCCACCCACCCCUAGGCUGGACACGCUGCUUGCGUCCAUGCACACUGGGUGGUGUCCAGUGCACAGGCUGCUGCUAUGCAUGGACUCGGGCUAUAGAUGCGUGGACUCGCCGUGGCCCUUGCUGCAGUUUUGUACUCUAGACUUGGUUUUUCACUUAAGCGUAUGGCUUUUUCUAAAACAAGACUUGAAGCUCUAGUUUUCUAGAUCUUACAGUGUAUUUUACAUACCUGAACUGUAUUAAAAGCUUGUUCAUUGA